AUAAAGUUGAAGCUAUGCCCUAAAUUUUUAAAUGUGAUCAAAGAUUUUUUUCAAUGUAUUAUUUUAAAAUUCAAUUAUYUUGAGUGUUUCUAAAAGAAUUGUAGCAGAUUAAGUUGUUCAUAGACAGCAGUAACAGAAGAAUAACUAUCAACAACAGAGAACCCUUUUCCAAAAUGAGUAGAUGCAGCCAUACUUUAGCAUCUGGUACCAUCAAGAAAUUCAGAUGUGGUCUGUAAUAAUUUUAGUUUAAAAUAAUCAGACGAUUAGAACUAAAAGUAAGUAAUAAAGAGUUUAUUUUAAAAUAGGUAUAUGCCUGUUUUUCCUUUACUUGUUUCAGACCAGGUAGAACACUUUUUGUUUUUAAAUAGUUAUUACAUAUUGAUUUUUCUUUUUAAGAAAAGUUACUAUUUCAGAAAGAAUCAUUUGKUGUCUUAGUUGCACCUAUUUAAAAAAAAUUUACUAAUUUAUCUAUCAUUACUUGAAAAAAAUGUCCAUCAUGUAGAUAAAUAAACUUGCAUGUUGUGAAAUAAAUUCUUUGUGAUACAUACUGUACAUAUUUUAAAACCGUAGGUAUUAGAAAAUACUCGGACUCUAGCUUAGGGUAGGUAAUGGAUGCACAAGUAAGAGAGAAACAGAUGAUUACAGAUGCAGUUUCUACCCCAAACUGGAAUUGUAGAGUGACCCAGCAGGUUAGUACUGGCUAGCUGUAGCGGCUUCAGAACCAUGAAAGGCGAUGUUGUGAUGUAAUUUGGAUGCUCACUAUACAAAAUUUAACUGUCGCAGAUGAAAUAAAAUCCGGACUUGAAAAUGUUUACAGUCAAUGCAAGGGAUGGCCUCUUUUCCGUAAACACUAGUGGGCUCAUUACUAUACAUUCGUCCAACAGUUUUGGUUCACAAUUUCCAGUAAUGCUUUAUGCUGAAAAAAUUUGGAACUGCUAUUGCUCUAUCAUUCUUAUUACUUAGGGUCCCAACAUCAGCACCUCACAGCAAGAAACACACACACACWCACACACACACACACACACGAACACACACCUACCUUGCCUUCUAAAUCCACCCAGAGCAGAAAGAAAAUCAAAGGUGAAAACAAAGGUGAAUUUGUGCAGGUUAUUGUCUAAUGGCAGUUUAAUAUUUAUGAAAUGUCACACACAAACACACGCGCACACACACUCUUUAGGAUCUAGUUACAAGCACUGCGUCAUCCACCAGAUCACAUGGUAAUUGUUGCUAUUUCAAGGAUCAAGUGGCAUAAAGCUCCCCCCGACACACACCCAUCCCACUCCCUUCUUUUGGUACCACAAAGCGUGGAAGAGUGAUUUUUGAUUUUUUGUGUGAUGGAGUGAGACCAGGCUCUCUGAUUCAACGCUCAGCUAGAAACUAGGCUCUUGGUGGGGUGGUGCGCGCGCGUUUCUCACGGAGUGAUUGGGAAAGGGGGACGGGGGAGGGGGUCUCAGGGGAGGAAGGGCAGCUCUAAUUGGUUUCUCAAUGAAAGAUAAUCACCUACUCCCCGGAGAGGCUAGGGAUUAGCACUCUGCCUCUCUUCUCCAUCGCUUUUAGAAUUCUCAUCCUCCCCUCGGUGCUUUUAGUCCAUUCAGCAGAAGUGGAUCGAAGCUAGCGGCUCCUCGCGCCGCAUUAAGGGGCAGCCCUCCGCUGCGCUCCAGUACUUUGCGCCCCAUUCACUCUUCCGCGCUCGCCUCUCCUCGUCCCAGCCGCCGCCGCCGCCGCCGCCGCCGCCGCCGCCGCCGGAGAAAAGUUUCGCGGAGGGGCUCAGAGAAAAAAUGAGCGAGCUGGAGGAAGACUUUGCCAAGAUUCUCAUGCUCAAGGAGGAGAGGAUCAAAGAGCUGGAGAAGCGGCUGUCAGAGAAGGAGGAGGAAAUCCAGGAGCUGAAGAGAAAGCUUCACAAAUGCCAGUCGGUGCUGCCUGUGCCCUCGACCCACAUCGGCCCCCGGACCACCMGGGCACAGGGCAUCUCCGCGGAGCCGCAGACGUACAGGUCCUUCCACGACCUCCGACAGGCAUUCCGGAAGUUCACCAAAUCUGAAAGGUCCAAGGAUCUUAUAAAGGAAGCCAUCCUCGACAAUGACUUCAUGAAGAACUUGGAGCUGUCGCAGAUCCAGGAGAUUGUGGAUUGUAUGUACCCAGUGGAAUAUGGCAAAGACAGUUGCAUCAUCAAAGAAGGAGACGUGGGGUCACUGGUGUAUGUCAUGGAAGAUGGGAAGGUUGAAGUUACAAAAGAAGGCGUGAAGCUGUGUACCAUGGGUCCUGGAAAAGUGUUUGGGGAGCUGGCUAUCCUUUACAACUGCACCCGGACAGCAACCGUCAAGACUCUUGUAAAUGUGAAACUUUGGGCCAUUGAUCGACAAUGUUUUCAAACAAUAAUGAUGAGGACAGGCCUCAUCAAGCAUACCGAGUACAUGGAAUUUUUAAAAAGUGUUCCAACAUUCCAGAGCCUUCCUGAAGAGAUCCUUAGCAAGCUUGCUGAUGUCCUUGAAGAGACUCACUAUGAAAAUGGGGAAUAUAUUAUCAGGCAAGGAGCAAGAGGGGACACCUUCUUUAUCAUCAGCAAAGGAAAGGUGAAUGUUACUCGUGAAGACUCACCUAGUGAAGACCCAGUCUUUCUUAGGACUUUAGGAAAAGGAGACUGGUUUGGAGAGAAAGCUUUGCAGGGGGAAGACGUGAGAACAGCAAAUGUCAUUGCCGCAGAAGCCGUAACCUGCCUUGUGAUUGACAGAGACUCUUUCAAGCAUUUGAUUGGAGGGCUGGAUGAUGUUUCUAAUAAAGCAUAUGAGGAUGCAGAAGCAAAAGCAAAAUACGAAGCCGAAGCUGCUUUCUUCGCCAACCUGAAGCUGUCUGAUUUCAACAUUAUUGAUACCCUUGGAGUUGGAGGUUUCGGACGAGUAGAACUGGUCCAGUUGAAAAGUGAAGAAUCCAAAACAUUUGCAAUGAAGAUUCUCAAGAAACGCCACAUUGUGGAUACCAGACAGCAGGAGCACAUCCGCUCAGAGAAGCAUAUCAUGCAGGGGGCUCAUUCCGACUUCAUAGUGAGGCUAUACAGAACAUUUAAGGACAGCAAAUAUUUGUAUAUGUUGAUGGAAGUUUGCCUAGGUGGAGAGCUCUGGACCAUUCUCAGGGAUAGAGGUUCAUUUGAAGAUUCUACAACCAGAUUUUACACAGCAUGUGUGGUGGAAGCUUUUGCCUAUCUGCAUUCCAAAGGAAUCAUUUACAGGGACCUCAAGCCAGAAAAUCUCAUCCUAGAUCAUCGAGGUUAUGCCAAACUGGUUGAUUUUGGCUUUGCAAAGAAAAUAGGAUUUGGAAAGAAAACAUGGACUUUUUGUGGGACUCCAGAGUAUGUAGCCCCAGAGAUCAUCUUAAACAAAGGUCAUGACAUUUCAGCUGACUAUUGGUCAUUGGGAAUUCUAAUGUAUGAACUUCUGACUGGCAGCCCACCUUUCUCAGGCCCAGAUCCUAUGAAAACCUAUAACAUCAUAUUGAGGGGGAUUGACAUGAUAGAAUUUCCAAAGAAGAUUGCCAAAAAUGCUGCUAACUUAAUCAAAAAACUAUGCAGGGACAACCCGUCGGAAAGAUUAGGAAAUUUGAAAAAUGGAGUAAAAGAUAUUCAAAAGCACAAAUGGUUUGAGGGCUUUAACUGGGAAGGUCUGAGGAAGGGCACCUUGACUCCUCCCAUCAUACCAAGCGUUGCAUCACCCACGGACACAAGCAAUUUCGACAGUUUUCCUGAGGACAGUGACGAGCCACCGCCUGAUGACAACUCAGGCUGGGAUAUAGACUUCUAAUGUAUUUCUCUUACCUGCUUCUGCCUUGCUGAAGACAGCUUUUUCUGAGACACAGCUGCCAGCAAACUUGAGGGAAAGAGAGAAGAUUAGUGCUCGGGGUCACCAUGAUGCCUUUGAUCGAUGCUGCUCCAGUAACUACAGUGGCAUUAGGACUAAUUGCUUAGAUGACAAUAGUGCUCUUUACAUGUUUUCUGUUUGAACCUAAAAUAGCAGUUGACAUGGUGGUCCUGAAGCAAAGCCUUUCACCAGUAAAGUGAUGUUUUCUAUUGUUGCAACGAUCUUGCUUUGCUCUGACUAUAAUUUGAAAGACUGUAGGAAGCACUUCAAUCUAGUAAAAGAGUCUGUACCUUGCUAGAUUUUUCAAGAUGAAAGAAUAAUAUAUUGGUACGAUAGAUGACGAUGGUACAGAACCUGGGCUAUCCCCUUUUUUUAAAUGAAGGUUGUGGAAUCUAUUACUGCAAGACGGUGUAUAUACCGUAGAAAAGAGGACCACACAUCUGUGGGUCAUGGAGUUCAUGUCAAACCAGUGCUAGAAGUUUCAUGAUUUUAUUUCCCAGCAGUGCUGAUGACAAGACUGAAUGUUACCUUUUCUUUCUGACAGAUUUUAAAAAUUGAUAUGAUAAAAGCACAACUGCUAUGGAUUCUCCUGAGACCUUUCAUAGCAGGUAUAUAUGCGUUUUAGCAGAGGAUUGAAAAAAAUGCAUGAUAUUCAUUUCUUUUUGAUAAAUUGGCAUGACAGAGUGGGGGRAAAAAGCAAUUCACAAAACCAUUUCAUGUUUUAAAAAAAUAUUGUGCUUAAAGAUGGUCCUGGAAAUAAGUGACUAGCAGCCAAUUGGUUUACCUAUUUACCUAACAUACCCUCAAACUGAGGCUUAAAAUAUUUCCUUUUAUAAAAAUAAACCCUUGAGUUAGGGGUGGGAUAGGGUGGGGAGGGAUUAAGACCCAUCCAAAAAAAAACUAUAUAGGUGCUAUGUAUAUCUUUCAUCUGUAAUGUCAGUGUCUGAACAGACAACACAAAUUCUAAACCUUACAUGUCUAGCCAGAGACUCAAGCAUUUUCACUAAAUUUAUUAAACCAAACACCUGUCAGAUUUCAUUUACACAACAUAGUCUAGGUUUGAGAGAAAAAGGUGAUUUGGAAAUCUUUUUGAACUAGCUUCUUGUCUUAGGCCUGAACCAAAAAAGAAAAAAAGAAAAAGAAAGUCAGAAAACACAAUGUUAAAGUUAUUAAAGUUCACAAAACCAGGAAGCUCACUCAUUUGAGGUCAGGAAAGAAAACAAGAAAUUGUCCAGGUGUUGAUUACCUUUUCCUGAAUAAGCCCACACAUUUGUUCAAGUAGGAAAGGGUUAGAGAAGGAAAAAGGAACAUGAGUUCAUAACAACUGAUUUUAGCUAAAUAAAACAAAUAUUAGUGAACCUGAAAUUUAUACUAGACUAGAAAUGAAAAUAUCAAACUGAUUUGCUUUUUUUCACAUAGAGAAUCAGCAAAUGAAACCAGGUCCGUUGGCGGCAGGCUGGUUGAACAUUAUUAGCUGUCAAUAGCUGAGUUUUCUGGAAGCUUUUCCUUGACAGAUAGCAUUACACCUACAUAGACCAAUGUAUAACCUUCAAAGCUGUCUUGGAACUGUGUGUGAAUUUGGUAUAAUUAAGACAGGUUUGCUUUUUAAYAUUAGAGUGUUUUACUAAUCAAUCUAAUGUAGACGUUUCUGCAAAACUAUAUUGAAUUGGCUUGUCAUAUCUUAGCCAAGAAAGUGUAUAUUAUGAAUUUUGUUUGAAUUUUUCAUACUCAAAAAACUACUUUAGAACAUGAUAUCAAAAUAUACUCUAAAACAUGUUCAGCAUAAAACUACUAAGUUUGUAUUAUGUAUAAUUAGGAUAAAAUUUGAUUAAAACUUUGAUCCUAAGAUAUUAUUGAUAUUAUUGUUAUUGGAACAUUCCCUCCCUUACAAAUUCUCAAAAUCAUUAUAUAUAUAUUUCCAAUUACCUCCAAUGUUCAGUGAUUUUUGUUUAAAGAUUGUGUGGUGUAGGCAUGCGAAAGGCUUGCUAGAAUAUUAAAUUUACCUUGUCAUUAGGAAAGUAAAUCUGAUCCUACAAAUUUUCAAAUAUCACAAAUGUCCCAGAAAUUAGCACAUACUGUGCAUUUUGGACUAUGGUUCACGUCUAAGACAACCCAUUUGUAAAGUUCUGUGGAGAAGGAAGAAGUAGCAUUCAGCACAACGUAACUGUAGAUUGUUUUUCCCACCUGUACCUACAUCUUUGUUCAUUUCACCCAUAACAUUGCAUCAGGAUGUCUAAAGCAAUCACCAAAAACUAAAGGUGAACUAUAUCUUCCAAGAAUUAAUAACAGAAAACAUUCAUCUGAUCUAUAAUAUUUAAUUUUAAGGAAUUAAAUCUUGUCUUAAUGAAGACACUAGGGCUAUAAUUCAUGGUCAGCUUCAUAAAGUGCAUCUCAUUUUACUUCUGAAUUUUUCAUGCCCCGUCUUUUUUCUUACAUUAAAGAACAUCUGGAUAAGUUAGAAUAGUGCCAACUUGUUUGUGAACUGACUUUCUUGUCAAUAUUUACAGUAUGGGAAAUAAGGGCUUUCUGUGUGUCUUGAUUCACAGGAAAACUGAAAACUGCCAAGGAAAGGAACAUCAAAGUUGAGAUAGAUUGAAUACAUUAGAGAAAAUUAUUUGUGGAAAAUUGCUGUAAUUGAUUUUUAUGUUUAUUACCUUCCUUGUUAUUACAGUAUGAAUCAGACCCAUGUAGCAUUUAAAACAAAUGUAUUUUGAUUAUAUACUUAACAAAUCAUAGUUUUUACUUACAAUUAUAAAUAUACAUGUGAAUUUUACAUGUAUAAUGAUACAUACAUAACUAUUGGAUUUUUCUUGCUUCAUUUUUAAAUGACUGAACUGAUGAUGAACUUAAAGAAGUCAGCUACCAUAUUGACAACAAGGAUAUUAGAACUGAUUUCAUACAAUAGAGGUGAUCUGUGCAUUAUCCAUAACACUGUUUUCUUUCACAAUAGGACCACAGACAAAUAUUUAUGUAAAUAGAUAUUUUUGUGUGAUAUUUUGUGGUACAUAUAACUUUUUUUAGUGUUUCACAGCAUUAUUAUUUUGUUUUAUUUGUAUUGAAUAAUGUUUUUAGGUCCAAGUAGACUUGAAUUAAUGUCAUAAUUGUCAGUAUUAUUGAAAACUAUGUCAACAGUACUGUUAUUCAUCUGUCCCAUAGUUUAGAACAUGACCUGGCUAUCUGGCAUUGUUGCAAGUGCCUUAAAUUCAUGGCAUCUGAUUAAAAAAAACAAAUUUGGUGUUAUGCUGCAUGACAAAGACAAACACACCUCAAAAUGUUGUCCUUUCUUAGCUUGCUGCGUUUUACAGUUCUUUCUGCUAACAAUUUAUAAGCCUUUAUUAUAUAAUAUUGAUGAAUUACAGAAAUGAUGAAGUUGUUCUCUUAUUUCUGUUAAAUGUACCAGAGCUGUGUAUCUGUUAAUGAGAUACAGCGUCAUUUCUGUGAAAUGUAUAAAUGUAUGUGCAGGUCAAAUUAAUAUAUGACAUACUAUCAGUCUGUAUACAGGUAUUCCUGUUUUGCUAAGCUGUGCA